CCAGCUUUGCUCCGCUACCCGGGUCUGGUGUGCUUGCGGGUGGCCGGCAUGGGGACUCCUCCAGGCCUGCAGGCCGACUGCGAGGCGCUGCUCAGCCGCUUCCAGGAGACUGACAGCGUGCGGUUCGAGGACUUCUCCGAGCUCUGGAGGAGCAUGAAGUUCGGGGCCAUCUUCUGUGGUAGAAUGAGAAAUCUAGAAAAGAAUACAUUUACAAAAGAAGCAUUAGCUUUGGCUUGGCGAUACUUUUUACCUCCAUAUACCUUUCAGAUCAGAGUUGGCGCUUUAUAUCUGCUGUAUGGAUUAUAUAACACCCAACUGUGUCAACCAAAACAAAAGAUUAGAGUUGCCCUCAAGGAUUGGGAUGAAGUUUUAAAAUUUCAGCAAGAUUUGAUAAAUGCACAACAUUUUGAUGCAGCUUAUAUUUUCAGGAAGUUACGACUAGACAAAGCUUUUCACUAUACAGCAAUGCCGAAAUUGCUGUCAUAUAGAAUGAAGAAAAAAAUUCAACGAACUGAAGUUACUGAAGAAUUUAAAGAUCCAAAUGAUCGUGUGAUGAAACUUAUUACUUCUGAUGUAUUAGAGGAAAUGCUGAAUGUUCACGAUCAUUAUCAAAACAUGAAACAUAUAAUUUCAACUGAUAAAUCCUAUCCAGACAAAGCCCUUAGUUUGAUAAAGGACGAUUUUUUUGACAAUAUCAAGAACAUAGUUUUGGAGCAUCAACAAUGGCACAAAGACAGAAAAAAUCCUUCCUUAAAAUCAAAAGUUAAAGAUGGAGAAGAGAGGAGGGACAAGAAUUCCCAGAAAUCAGAGAGAUGUGAAAGGGCAGAAUCAUUAGCGAAAAUAAAAUCAAAGGCCUUUUCAGUUGUUGUUCAGGCAUCUAAGUCAAGAAGGCAUCGUCAAGUCAGACUUGAUUCCUCUGACUCUGAUUCUGCAUCUGGUCAAGGACAAAUUAAAGCAACUAGGAAAAAAAGAAACAAAGAAACAUUGAAAUCAGCAGGAAGGAAGACAUCUUCCCGAGGUGACAUACAGAAUGUACCGAAAGAAGACAAAUCUUUAAGUCUGAGUAUGCCUGUAAUUACAGAAGAGAAAGAGGAGAAUGAAAGUUCUAGUGAAUCAGAGUUCCCUGCAUCCAAGAGGAAAAGAAAGCACAGAACAAAAAGCCUGGUAUAGAGGUCUUAAUUUUGAACUUUUUCUGACAGAAGAUUUAUAUUUUGUGUAUUGAACAGGAAGAUUGCCAGUAUUAAAAAUAAUUCUUCUGGGAAACUAGGCUAUUUCUUUGAAAUGGCAAUACUUUAUAUGGUCCUAGAAUAAAAGUACAGAAAGUUAGAAUAAGAAUUUAUUUAUAUUUAAU